AUGCAUAUUAUCCUUACAGGGGCAACAGGUCUCGUCGGAUCCGCUGUUCUCCAUGCCCUAAUCAAGAACCCGGGGAUCAGCAAGAUCUCAAUCAUUAGUCGCCGACCUGUCCCUAUGGUUCAAGAGGCUACCGACGAUCGAAUCAAUGUGGUCCUCGCCGAAGAUUUUUCAAAAUUCGAUAGCAAAGUGCUUGGCCAAUUGAGUGGAGCAACUGGAUGCGUGUGGGCUAUGGGAGUUAGCCAGAAUGAUGUGAAUAAGGAAGAUUACAUUCGCAUCACGAAGACCAUGACUCUUUCCGCGGCUCGAGCCUUUGAAAGUCUGGCUCCUCCAUCUGAGAAAUUCAACUUUGUUUAUGUCUCGGGGGAGGGUGCAACCCAUGAUCCAGGAUUCAUCACACCAAUUUUUGGCCGAGUGAAAGGCGAAACCGAACUUGCCCUCGCCAAAAUGCAAAAGGAAUCACCUCGCUUCCAUGCUAUCUCUAUGCGUCCUGCAUUCAUUGACUACGCCGCACAUGAUGAAAUCAAACCCUGGAUUCCACCGCAAAUUGGUCUAAGGCAAGUCGUGUACGCCGGGCUAGGGCCAUUUAUUCGGUGUAUUUGGUCAGGAAUGCAAAGUCCGACAAAACCACUGGGAACCUUUUUGGCUGGACUAGCUACUGGCGAAUUUGAUGGGAGAUUGACUGGUCCAGGGGUCGAACUUGUUGGAAAUUCACCCAUAAUUAGUAACGUCGGCUUUCGACGAUUGAUGGGCUUGGGUAAAACACUAGAAUAG